AACACAGGCCAACGACGGUUGAUGCCCUGGACAAAGCGAAAAGCAGAUGUGCCUGUAACAAGGCGCCGAUUGACAACAACACCACCACCACCACCACCAUCAACAAUCACAAACACAACCACAACCACAACAACAGCAGCAACAGCAGCAGCAACAACAACAACAACAGCAACCGCCUCAGCAGUUAUCUUGUCGAGUUCGACGCCAGUCUUCUACCGACGAGCCAGACGAGUGAAGAGGUCGCGUCUGCUUCCGGUCGCGGGGCUCGUCGAUUCCUUUUGCUUCUGGUCAUUUUGGGUCCUCUGCCGGGAAGACAUGCACGACGUCUGCAAAGUGUAUUGCAGCUCUGCCUCGGGCAGGCGGGAGGGUGCAUUCUGCCGGUGGAGGCGAAAGAUACCGGAAGACGGUGUCGAGCGGCGGCCGUGGAAGACCAGCAGACAAAAAGAGAGGAGGCUGCAGGAGAGACGAGAAUGUGUGAAGAUGCGAUGAAGGGAGGGGGUGAGGCGACAGAGUGUGAUUCUGAGGCGGCAGAAGCGAGUGGGGUGGCUGCGAUGGUGUGCAUUCGCGGGUGUAUUGCUUGUCGACCCAACUCAGAACGGUCACGUCUGGAAGAGGAGAAGAAGGAGAAGAAGAGGGAAGAGAAAGACGAGGAUGAGGAGGAUGAGGAGGAGGAGAAGGAGAAGGAGGAGGAGGAGGAAGAAGAAGAAGAGGAGGAGGAAGAGGAGGAGGAAGAAGAGGAGGAGGAGGAGGUUGUCUGCGACAAAGUGGCCACUCGCAGAAGUCGAGCGGCGGAGGGGACCUGCCGCGCUGAGCUCCGUCUCGAGGUGACGGCUCACUGGGCUCGGACAGCUCCGAGGGACGCCGCGGCACUGGCCGGACUUCGGAUGCUGCUCAGUCUCUUUACGGCCAGCCUCGUGAAGCCGGACUCGGCGGAGGCUGGCGGUCGCGAGGCUGUACCAUCCGGACCAAAUGCUCUGUCCAAUGGACGUCAUCUCGGAGUUUGUCUCGUCUGCCGGACGGCGUUUUUCGCCGCCUCCGACGCUGCUGACCCUUUCUGGCGGCAUGCUCAAGAUAGGCACCACCUCGACGAGACGGUUUCGGGCUCCAGACUGGCCGAGGCGGCGGUUGUUGUGCUCUGGCCGAGUCUGCGGAUCGCCUGGUUUGACGAGCUUCAGCCUCCGCUACUCUUCUGCCUCCGGCCCGGCGACAGGAUCGACUUGGAGCGUGACAAACUGGUUGCCGCCAAGAAACAGCCCGAAAUCACUGCCACCACCUCAUCGUCUUCCUCCUACUUUGCCGGCUCGAUCGCGUCGCCAUUUUUCGCUUUUUCCACCUCCUCCGUCGUCUCUUCUUCCACAUCCACAUCAUUUUUCACCUCUUCCGACUCAUCUUCUCCUCUCCUCUCCGCACAGUUUGCUCCUCUCGUUUCACCGUUUUCCCCUUUCCUCUCGUCCGCCCCGGCCAUAGCACCAACCCCUCGUGAACAUGCCGUCUUCAAUUUGCUCGCACCCGUCGCCACAUCAUCGGCCAUGGGGCAACACUGCUCUAACUUUGACCCGAGCAACGGACGCCUCUUUGAACCGCUCGGUCUGGAAGCGGUCUCCACGCCUCUAAACCCGCCAAACGCGGGCCUCGGCGCUGUCUCUGCCACGUCGACCGGCCAAGCUCAGGCUUCACAGUGCGUCUACUGUACCAACAGGGCGGUACAUCCUCGUCUGGGCCGAGGAGAGACGUACGUCUGCGGUUACAAGCCGUACAGAUGUGAAGUGUGCAACUAUUCAACCACCACCAAAGGCAAUCUGGCCAUCCACGAACAAUCCGACAAACACAUCAACAAUGUGCAGGCAUGUUCUGGCCUCUGGCUCUGUGACACAUUUUGCUUGAUUCCUUCUUGCCAAACUUUUAGACCAGUCCUGUCCGAAAGUAAGGCUGACUCAUUGGCCUGUACUAGUUGA